AUGGCAGCUGCAGCAGUCCAGACUUACACUCCCGCGUCAUACGACCACCGCGCCGUUGAUGCCAUGACUGACGUCGACGUGGCCGCCCAGCGACUCCAGGAACUCAAUGGCCUGGAUCACAUGAAGUCCUGCAUCAGAGAUGUCUUCAUGAAGCACGGCGUCGACAAAGUAUUCGGCGUUGGUCUUCUCCACCGACACUACGACGUUGCCCCCAACGAGAAGAUCAUCGAGCUUGGCCCAGUCUCAUCACCCUGGGUUGUAGGUGAUGACGAAGUCGUGACGGGCGGCUCAGUCCUCCCUCACACCUGGCGCGUCUUCGAUGGCGAACUUAAGCCCACGGAGUUCAAGUUCGUGCCACAGCGUGAUCUCUCAAACGUCGACCGGCCCGUCUUCCCAGCGGCCUUUGUCAAAGAGCUUAUCGGCGUGCUGCAAGAGACAGGCCUCGAUGAGGUUCUGGGCGUUAGCCUGUAUGAGGCCGGCGACCCUGAUAACGAGACCAUGGAGGUGACAUAUGGCCGCAGCAGCAUCGUCAUUCCUUCUACAGGUCUUAUCGGCUCCAAGGUUAUUGGUCCACAGGGCUUUGACGCAUUCCAAGCCGCCUGGACUUUCAGCAAGAAGGAGGGCGAGGACGUCGUUGCUCACCAUGGCAUCUGCGCUGCAAUGGGUGUCGAUGAUGGUGUCACAGCUCGCCAUGGAAUCUGUGCGGCCAAAGCGGAGAGUGGAGCUGCCGAUGAUGGGGUUACCGCUCGCCAUGGUAUCUGCGCAGCCAAGAUGAACGACGGCGUCAAAGCACUACACGGUAUCUGUGCAGUUAAAGCUGAGAACGGCUUCGAGGCUCGUCACGGUAUUUGCGCAGCAAAGGCCAGUGAUGGAGUUAACUCUCGUCAUGGUAUCUGUGCUGCCAAAUCUGCUGAUGAUGGUUUGAAGGCUCAGCAUGGUAUUUGCGCUGCAAAGGCUUCUGAUGAUGGUCUCAAGGCUCACCAUGGUAUCUGCGCCGCAAAGGCCAGUACUGACGGAGUUACCUCUCGUCACGGCAUCUGUGCUGCCAAAUCUUCUGAUGACGGUAUGACAGCUCGUCAUGGUAUCUGCGCAGCAAAGGCCGACGAUGGUUUCACGGCACGCCACGGCAUCUGUGCUGCCAAAGCUUCCGAGGAUGGCAUCAACGCUCGCCACGGCAUUUACGCCGCCAAGGCCGCUGACGAAGGAAUGACUGCUCGUCAUGGCAUCUGCGUUGCAAAAGCUGCAGAAGGUAUGAAGGCCUACCACGGUAUCUGUGCUGCCAAGUCUAUUGAAGACGAUGGCAUUAAGGCCAAGCAUGGAAUUUGCGCUGCGAAGGCUGCCGAGGAGGGUAUGACUGCUCGCCACGGUAUCUGCGCCGCACGUCUUGCUAAUGGGGAUGGCAUGAAGGUCUAA